AUGAAUGCAGCCGAGUUCCGCGGCCCUGGCAACCACCACCGCAUUGACGAUUCCCCCGAUGAGCAUGACAUGGACCUUGACAGCCGGUUUGGGCAGAAUACCGGUACGCGUGGCCGCACCAUUCUGUUAGGCGAUGGCACUGAAAUUGAAACCGACGGCGCAGACAACGGAAUGUUCGACAACGAUGACGAGGAGAAGGACCUCGACUCCCAGGUCAGCAAGUUCAGCAAAGACGACGCCCAGCGCGAUGGCACCCCCGGGCCCAACCCCACCGAGGUCACCGAGUCGCCGUCCUCGGUGGCGACCGACAAGUCUGAAGACAAGAACCCAACCGGCGAGCAGACGAAGCCUGAAAACAGCAAAUAG